GAGGCCUCUGAAAGGCCCAGCAGAUUGGUGUUAGUGUUACAUGAAGGUCACCUCAAGGCUGAAAGGGAGAUGGAGGUGGAUAUCGCCGACGACGUCCCCUGUUCUUCCAUCGCCGUCGAUUUCGUUAUUCGCAUGGGCACCGCUGGCUUAAUCUGGGGCUCCUGUUCUGGUCCUUACGACGCCAACAAAUUAGGUCUUGCUGGCAUUCAUAGAGCUUCUUUUAUUGCAAAGUCAGUUGGUCGGCUUGGCUUUCAGUGGGGAAUGUUUGCUGCUAUAUUUUCUUCCACUCGGUGUGGGUUUCAGAGAUAUAGAAGGCGAAAUGAUUGGGUUAAUGUUUUGACUGCUGGUGUUGUAGCAGGGGCUGCUUUUGGUGCAGGUACCCGGAACUGGAAGCAGGUUGCUGGAGCAACAGGUCUCGUGUGUCUCUUGUGUCAUGUUGCUGAGGACUCCCGAUAAACUUUGACUCUAAUUUGUUGAAAAGGAACUAAAAUAGUCUGCAGUAGAAAAUUGGAAACUUUUUCUCCAUCCGUAGCAGUCUGUGGAAGACUAAGUAUAUCAUGUUGACUAAGGAGCGUGGCAUAGCAGCAUCCUUCACCGAAUGGGAAACAUAAUUCAGUUAAUUGAAGUUCAUACAAGAUUUAUGAUGUUGAUUUCGCAGGUCAUUAGUUUAUGUGUUGGGGAAAUUAACCUAACAUAUGAAUUACGAAGCAAGUAUAUAUUUGUUGCCUUUUUUGUUUUCUAUAGGUAUCCUCUAGGGCACUGUUGCUUGGUGUUGAUUAUAGGUUGGUUGAUCUACCUGCUUUUGGACUAUAGUUGCGUUGUUGGGAGUAAAUUCUAGAUAAAACUUUUACUCCUAAUUUGGGUAAUUUUUCAUCUUCAUCUCAA